AUGGCCACUAUCAUGCGCCGCCCUCAGAAUAUCGCCAAGUCAUCAAAACAGCUACUUGAAGCAUACAGCUUAUCACAGACUCUUGCGAGACGACCGGCGAGCCUACCACGACCACUGUACGCAUAUGCGCGGAGUCGGCAUUACGCCACCCAACCUGAAGGCGAGCAAGAUGGCAAGAAAGUGGACAAGACAGGCGCAGCGCCGAAAGGAAUGGAGCACCUCUACAGUCAGCAGUCGCCCAUGUCUGGAGGUCCGCCGCAGCCGCCAGGCCAGAAGCCGGAUGGCGACGAGCCACUGCCUGGACGAAGUAAGCUGACGAAGCAGGAAGAGAAGGCGCUGGAUGAUGUCUUUACAUUGGUGAAGAAGGGUAUGCCGGCAUCGAUGGCAGAGGAUAUCGACAAGGCGCUAGUACGGGUGAAGAGAGAGGGUAUGCCUCAGGAGCUACGGGAGACGAUCAAGGAGUGUUCAGAUGAAGGCAUGUCGCCGGCACGAGCGGCGAAGCUGUGGCGAUUGACAACUCAGAUGGCCCGGCAGACAGUCGAGAGCGAGCAGAAGGCCGCGGAAACCGAACAGCCGAAGCAGCAGAACACCGCCGACCCAGGACCUGGCACGAAGGAGAAAGGCAAGGAUGGCAAGAAGAAGAAGAAGGAGAGCGAGUUCCCAGAUGUGACCAUGAUCAAAUUCGACUUAUCAAACUUCCUGCUCUCCGGCUUCGUGGCAUACCUUCUCUACCGCCUCGUCGUCCCCACCGAGAACAGCCGCGAAAUCACAUGGCAAGAAUUCCGGAACACCUUCCUCGACAAAGGCCUAGUGGAGAAGAUGGUCGUCAUCAAUGGCAACCGCGUUCGAGUCCACCUACACCGCGACAGUGUAGCGAGCAUGUAUCCUGACAGCCCCGCUGCCCAACAAGGCUUCUACUACUACUUCUCCAUUGGCUCGGUGGAAGCUUUCGAGCGAAGAGUAGAGGAUGCCCAGAACCUACUCGACAUACCCUCUAGCGAGCGGAUACCGAUUAUGUACCACGAAGAAGGGAGCUGGUUCAAUACUGUCCUCGCUUUUGGACCAACCCUACUUUUCAUCGGCGCCAUCUUCUACCUCUCCCGGCGUGCAGCUUCUGGUGCAGGAGGAGGUGGAGGAGGAAUCUUCGGUAUGGGCAAGUCUCGUGCGAAGAAAUUUAACCACGAAACCGAUAUCAAGGUCAAGUUUUCUGAUGUAGCUGGUAUGGAUGAGGCGAAACUGGAAAUCAUGGAGUUCGUGUCUUUUCUGAAGGAGCCAGGUAUCUAUCAAAAGCUCGGCGCCAAGAUCCCUCGAGGAGCUAUUUUGUCUGGGCCUCCUGGAACCGGUAAGACGCUCCUUGCCAAAGCUACGGCAGGAGAGUCAGGCGUGCCGUUCUUUUCUGUCUCUGGAUCCGAAUUUGUGGAGAUGUUCGUCGGUGUCGGUCCCAGCCGUGUACGCGACCUCUUCGCCAAUGCGAGGAAGAACACGCCUUGUAUCAUCUUCAUCGACGAGAUCGACGCUAUCGGUAAAGCUCGUGCGAAACAGUCUUUCGGUGGUGGCAACGACGAGCGAGAAAGCACACUCAACCAGAUCUUGACAGAGAUGGACGGUUUCAACACAGCUGAGCAAGUCGUUGUUCUAGCUGGUACGAAUCGUGCGGACGUACUCGAUAAGGCUCUCAUGCGACCUGGCCGGUUCGACAGACACAUCUCCAUCGACCCACCGACAAUGGAAGGCCGGAAGCAAAUCUUCGACGUCCACCUCAAGAAAAUCAUCACGAACGAGGACAUGGAACACUUAAAAGGCCGCCUCGCUUCUCUCACCCCCGGCUUCAGCGGUGCAGAUAUAGCCAACUGCGUCAACGAAGCCGCUCUCGUCGCCGCGCGUGAGAACGUUGAAAGCGUCAACGUCACGCACUUUGAAAAAGCCAUCGAGCGUAUCAUCGGUGGUCUGGAGAAGAGAUCACUGGUUUUGUCCCCAUCCGAAAAGAAAACAGUCGCCUACCACGAGGCUGGCCACGCAAUCUGCGGCUGGUACUUCCAAUACGCUGAUCCUUUGCUCAAAGUCUCCAUCAUUCCCCGCGGCUCCGGCGCUCUGGGAUACGCCCAGUACCUGCCUGCGGGAGGCGGGGACAUGGUCCUCAUGAAUAUGAAACAGAUGAUGGAUCGGAUGGCUAUGACGCUCGGUGGCCGUGUGAGCGAGGAGUUGCAUUUCCCUACUGUUACUUCUGGGGCGAGCGAUGAUUUCAACAAGGUCACGCGGAUGGCUACGAGCAUGGUUACGAAGUGGGGGAUGUCUGAGAAGAUUGGAUAUCUCUAUUAUCCUGAGGCGGGUGAAAGCUCGGAGGCGCAGUUCUCGAAGCCUUUCUCCGAGCAGACUGCUCAAGCUAUUGAUGGUGAAGUCCGCCGGAUUGUUGACGAGGCGUACAAGCAGUGCAAGCAACUACUGCAGGAGAAGAAAGACGACCUCAUCCUCGUCGCCGAGGAACUUCUGAAGAAGGAAAUGUUGACCAGGGAUGAUAUGGUCCGACUCCUUGGACCGAGACCUUUCGCCGACGCGGGUGAAUUCAGCAAGUACUUUGGUGGUCCUGGUGGCCGCGGUACUGGCGCGACUGGCGAGGCGGGCGGUCCUAUGGGUGGAGCGCCGAAGCCUACGACUCCGGGGCCUAAUGGACCGGAUCCGGGUGAGGGUGGUGGAGGGGGUGCUACGUUGCCGCCUGGUUUGGGUGGGCAGGGGACGGUCAGUCCGACUAUGUAUAAGGCUUUUGAGGAGGCUUUUAGGCAGGCGAGGCGGUGA